AUGUUAGGAAGGUUUAUUUUGCUAAAGAUUUGCCUGUUACUGUGUUGCAGCAAAAUCACUGAGAAUGCAAAAAAAUCCUUGGCCUCUCUUAAGAGAGAAAACCCUCGGCUUGAGCCAACGCUUGCCAUUGUUCAGGCACAUAAUGAUCAGUUGAUUCAAGAAAUAAACAGGAACUUUGCCAAAGAGGUUGGUCUACGUGUUAUUCACAUCUGUCUCCCUGAAGGCAGCAGCAAGGAUGAGAUUGUCAAUGAAAUCUUGAGACUUAAUGAGGAUCCUAAUGUGCAGGGCCUUGCCCUUGACCUCCCAGAAAGCUUAUAUAGCAGUAAGGUAUUAAACGCUGUGAAACCAGAGAAGGAUGUGGAUGGAUUAUCCGAUGUAAACCUAGGACGCUUGGUACGUGGCGAUGCCUACGACUGUCUAGUUCCUCCUACAGCGUGUGCUGUGAUGGAGCUUCUUGAAGAUUUAGGUGGAAAGACCGUGCUGCUGGUGGGCGCCGGCGGGGGGGGGGGGGGACCGCACGCUGCAGGCUGCGGGGAGGGAGCGGCGACCCUGAGCUGCCGGUGGAAAGCCCCUCAGCUGCAGACCAAGCUUCUUCAUGCUGUUGUGGUGGUAGUUGGCAGUACAAAACCCGAUGAUGUUCCUGGGAGCUGGAUAAAGCCUGGAAGCACCAUUAUCAGUUAUUCUCGUGACUUGCUGUCAGAGAAACACAACUAUGGUCAGCAAAACAACCACGCUGCUGAAAACGCUGUUGGUUCUCUUGCAAUAGCAAUGCGAAUGCAGAACAUGGUAAAAAACACGGAGCGAUGGAUCCAGUCCCAGCAGUACAGGAAGUGGGACCUCCGCUGCUUGAAACUGCAGCCCCUCUCCCCAGUGCCCAGUGAUAUUGAGAUUUCCCGAGCACAGCGUCCAAAAGCUGUUGAUGUACUUGCCAAGGAGAUAGGAUUGCUUACAGAUGAAAUUGAGAUCUAUGGCCAAACCAAAGCCAAAGUACGUUUGUCCCUGCUGGAAAGGUUAAAGGAUCAACCAGAUGGAAAAUAUGUUCUAGUUGCUGGAAUAACCCCUACACCCCUAGGAGAGGGGAAAAGCACAGUCACAAUUGGUCUCGUUCAGGCGCUUACUGCACACCUUAACAUUAAUUCCUUUGCUUGUCUGAGACAGCCUUCCCAAGGACCUACUUUUGGAGUUAAAGGUGGAGCAGCCGGUGGUGGAUACGCUCAAGUGAUUCCCAUGGAGGAGUUCAAUCUUCAUUUGACGGGAGAUAUUCAUGCUAUAACUGCUGCGAAUAAUUUGCUGGCUGCUGCUAUUGAUGCUAGGAUCUUGCAUGAGAACACUCAGUCUGAUAAGGCUUUGUAUAAUAGACUGGUUCCAGUAGUUAAUGGUGUGAGAGGAUUUUCUGCUAUUCAACUUGCCCGUCUGAGAAGGCUGGGAAUAAACAAGACUGAUCCUGGGACUUUAACAGAAGAGGAGAUCAGCAGAUUUGCGCGCCUUGAUAUUGACCCAUCUACCAUAACAUGGCAAAGAGUGGUGGAUACAAAUGACAGAUUCCUGCGCAAAAUAACAGUUGGGCAGGCAAAUACAGAGAAAGGAUUUGUCCGUCAGGCUCAGUUUGAUAUUGCUGUUGCAAGUGAAAUUAUGGCCAUCCUGGCACUUGCCACCAGCCUGCAAGACAUGAAGGAGAGGCUGGGGAAAAUGGUGGUGGCUAAUGACAAGAAAGGAGAACCAGUAACAGCAGAGGAUUUGGGAGUAACAGGUGCUUUGGCAGUUUUAAUGAAAGAUGCAAUUAAGCCCACACUAAUGCAGACAUUAGAGGGUACACCAGUAUUUGUUCACGCUGGACCUUUUGCUAACAUUGCACAUGGAAAUUCUUCUGUUUUGGCAGAUAAAAUUGCCCUUAAAUUAGUCGGAGAGAAAGGAUUUGUAGUAACUGAAGCUGGCUUUGGUGCUGACAUUGGGAUGGAGAAAUUCUUCAACAUCAAAUGCAGAGCCUCUGGCUUGGUUCCCAGUGUGGUUGUACUUGUUGCUACAGUGAGGGCUUUGAAGAUGCAUGGAGGUGGGCCAAAUGUAACUGCUGGUGCUCCCUUGAAGAAAGAAUACACAGAAGAGAACCUCCAGCUGGUAGCUGAUGGCUGCUGUAAUCUACAGAAACAGAUUCAAAUUACUCAGCUCUUUGGAGUUCCUGUUGUGGUUGCUCUAAAUGUCUUCAAAACUGACUCUCCUGCUGAGGUUGAUCUGGUGUGUAAGAUUGCAAAGCAAUCUGGAGCGUUUGAUGCUGUACCCUGCAAUCACUGGUCGGCUGGUGGUAGAGGAGCAGUAAAAUUAGCUCAAGCUGUGGAAAAGGCAGCCAAUCAGAAAAACAGUUUCAAAUAUCUCUACAGCUUGGAGCUUCCUAUUGUUGAAAAAAUACAGAUCAUUGCUCAGAAGGUGUAUGGAGCUCAGGAUAUAGAGUUGUCUCCCGCUGCGCAGUCACAAGUUGAUUGUUACACCCGGCAGGGAUUUGGAAAUCUUCCCAUUUGCAUGGCAAAAACUCACCUAUCCCUCUCCCAUCAGCCUGAGAGGAAGGGCGUUCCCACUGGUUUCAUUUUGCCGAUCAGUGAUGUGCGAGCCAGUAUUGGAGCUGGAUUCAUUUACCCUUUGGUAGGAACGAUGAGCACCAUGCCAGGACUGCCCACGAGGCCGUGCUUCUAUGACAUUGACCUCGACCCCGUCACAGAGCAAGUGAAAGGAUUGUUUUGAGAGUGACGUCCAAAUUCAGAAGCCUGGAAAUUAAGGACUGCAACUUUCCUGUUUCCUGCAAGUAGGAGACAAAAAUGAAUCUGAAAUAUUACUGUUACGUGUCUCUGGAGGAAUGUCAAGAUAGACCAAAGAGCAAAAGUUUACUCUUUCUUCAAACUAGUUUUUAUGAUGAAAUAUAGCUGUAAGGUUAAAAAAAAAAAAAAAGCAAGCUAAAGUUUUUCUCGCUGUAGUGCAGAAAGCUCUCUACUGGGGCCUAUAGUUGUUUGGGGGUAAAACGACAUUGAAAAAGAGAGAAAAUUUUCACCUUAGAGUUUUUGUCUUUUUUCAAAGGAGUUUACAGAAGUAUUUCCCUUAUCUUGGCCAUCUAAAAACUUGUGUAAACAUGAUUGUACUGUGUGAUCAAGCCUAUUUCUCUCUGAAAAAUACACUUUCGCUCCUGGCCUUCAGGAGCUGAAACUACACACAGAUCAACUGCACAUUUUUGAGUUAUCAUCGAGCGUUGCUCUGGAUGCUUUUGGGCAACAGCCAAGCUUCAAGCAAGGAAGAUAUUAAGCAGAGAAAGAACAGAGCAUGUGUUUUGUAAAAGGUUUUUAAUAUAUAAUUUGUUUCCUUGUUGGGCAAAGAUCUUUUGAAACACUUAAGCCAUAGCUGUCUCUGUUUAUCCAAAGCGUAUGUUACAGGCUGUCCAGCUCAUUACGCGUUUGUUGUGGUGAAGCUGGCUGUUCAGCGAGGGCACUGCUCCUUCUGAAGCCCUGUUUUGCUCCUGUUCAUGGCUAAUGAAGCCUCCUGCUGUGCUGGCUCCCGACCUAGAGUUUUUCUUGUCCUGUCCCUGGCAGUACGCAACACCCCGUAACAACAGAGGCACGUCCAUCAAGUAAGGAUGCGACAGGGCAGGGCUUUGUUCUGCUUUGUUUUGCAGGUUUUAACCACCAUACUUGUAAAACUGGAGUGUGUUUUCUAUUUGAAGGGGGUAUUCAAACAAGUUAAAUCCUAAACCGUGUGCUUUAAUUUACCUCAGUAACUUACCUUGUCCGGUUUUUCCUAAAUCUGCAGCAAAACAAGCCCUAGGCACAGGAUACUGCAUUUAGCUUUCCAAGCUGCUGCUCCUCAGGAAACUCUCACUGACUGACUGUUGGUUCCUUCAAUAACAAAAAAUGCAACAGAACAAUAGGUUGAAUCAAGACAAUAGACCACUGUGUUUUUUAGGUAAAAAGCAGUGAAAUAAUGAUGAGAGAGUUUAUUUUCCUGGUGACGUUUUCCAUCCUGUCACUUUGCUCUGCUUACGCACAUCUGUAUGUUACGGGCUUCUGCAAUGUAGUUUUGGUUCCCUUCUAUGCAGUCACAUUUGGAGACUUAAUUAUCUCAGGAACUGUGUUGUAAUUGAGGGGCUUGUUUUGGUUUUUAAAAUCAUGCUUCGUUAUUUAUAAACUCAAAACUAUAAUUAUGGACAGAAGAGCGAACUGGGGACAAUUAAAAUAAUUAUCUGUGCCUUCCCUGGAGUACCACGGAAAUGUCUGUUGACUGCAUUUCAGAACUGUUCUAUUCAUAGCGUGGUCCCCCAGCACCGUGGGGACUGCUGUGAAGAUAAACGCAAAAAAUAGAGCUAGUUGAUAUUUUAGCCUGAUUAGACGAUAGAGCUCAUAAUGGUCUAGACUGGGGAUGCUUUAAUUACAUUGGGGCAGGACAAACAUGAUCAGUAGAAAGCAAGAUUCAAGUGUGGCUCUCAGCUACUGGGGAGAGAGAUUUCUGAUGUUUUCUAUUAAAUUGUGCCCCAAAAUACAACGACGUCAUUCAUAUACAUAACUGUGUUGUAAUUUAGUCCUGCACAUACUGAGCUAUCUAGCCUAGAAAAAUCCGAAGAAUUACAGAAGAAAGUAAGUGUGGUUUCCAGCCAUAGUUUUCCUAGUAGCAUUCUUUCAAGAAAAAUAAAUGAGGUUUUCCCUCCAUCUUGCCUGGAGAAAUUUGGAAAACCAUAACCGUGCCUUACUUGUGGUCACUGCAGUUGCGUGGGACCUAUCUCUGUGCAGUGUGAGAUACUAAACGUGGCACUAGCUGUCUGCCUGUGAAGCGUCCAUAUGGGAUAUGGAUGUCUGAGCAACAGGUUUUAUAAGUAGUUUCAAACUACUGCUUGAUACCUACGCACUUUCUAUAUUGUAGUCUCCGUAUUGUCCCUUCAGGCGACGCGUGCUGGGACUGUUUAUCUGACCCAUCAGUCUUUCUAAAACACCAUUCCGGCUCAGUUAGUUGAGAGUUGACAAACAUCCUGUAAUUUUUUUUUCUACUGUCAUGUGCACAGGGUUUGUUAUAUUGUUUUGAUAGCUUCAAUAAUUCAAGGAAAGCUGGAAUGACCCUCUCUUGUUUUGUCAUAGCUUCCCCCCCACAUCUGGUUAAUGAUCUGCAGAAUCCCUUGAGCCGUUACAUUUUUGGUUCUUUCAGUUCAUUUUUAGUAGAAGAUUUGUUUAAAAUAAUCCAUGCUGGCAUGCAGACUCUGUCUCAUAAUCCAAAGGGAAUGAGUUAUUGGCCAUCAGCUGAGCUACAGAAACUGCCACGGUACAUUCCCUUGGGCCGCCCUAGUUCCGAGGCCAAAAGCCUUCAGCAAGAAGGGUUUAAAAUGAAAUCUUUAGGGUAAGUGUUACUGCUAGGUGUGUCACUUGUUGCUACACAGAUGCGAUUGCAGGUGAGGGACUCCCGCCUUUGCAUCUGCUCUGAGCAGUUUUGUGACAUGGCAGAAUGGCAGCUUUGUAAGGGGCUUGCUGUGCUUAUCCCUGCGUUUGCUGAAGCGUGUUAAGAACCACGCUGUUGUUUAUUAUCAUAUCUGCUUUCUGUAGUGACUGAAUACUUUGUAACUGCUACUGCUGGACUUCAGAAAACUAGUGACGUUGAAAUACAUCAGACUACAUACAACGGGUUUCUUCGUUUGUAUUUUAAAAUUCAAAAUCCAAGAAUCUCAGUUGCCGCGAACAUGAAAAUGAAGUGUAUGUGUGUACUGAUGUUCAGUUUGCAAAAGUGGUGCCUGCCUCAAGUCUGAAUUCAUUAAUAAAGUACAUCCAUUAUUUAA